UUUAGAGUUAUCUUUCUUGGAAUAACCUUCAUUUUUCUUGCGUUACUAAUAAAAAUACUAACAUUAACAAUCUCAAAAGUAGAUCUACGACUACGAUAAAAAUACGAAAAUGUGUUGAGUAAUAAGCAAAGCAUGAGUGUUGCAUGGAUUCAACAGGCCCAGCUCAGGCCUCAGGCAAGGCUUGACUGCAAAUGGAUAAAAGCAGAUAUACAAGCAAGUUUAACUAAAGAUGGUCUCAGUCGGCUCUGGAAUCAACUGGUCAAAGAUGGAGAGCUGGCUGCUGGUGAUAGCAAUAUACUCAAUAGUGCAGGGGCUUUGGCAAAGAAAGGUGAAACUGGUAAAUUCUACUGUGGCAUGAAGGUGCUGUCAUGCAGCUGCUGUGACGGUCACUGUGGGCCCAAGAAUGGAUGUAACUGCCCGCCAUGCCAACAGUUGGACAAGGAAGAGGAAGCUUUGGCUGCACAACAGAGGUCCCUUCCACCUCCUUCUCAGCCAUUAAUUGAUGCUUGGACAUGGGGACAACAGCCAGAUGUUCACAGGCUCCAGCAAUGUUUAAAUGGAAUCCUUCACGAGCACCAGCAGCUCAGCCUGCAGGCUUUCAGCAGUGCCCUCUCCAUGACACGCUUGCAGCAGCGGAUAGCAGUCUUGGAGAGAUAUUUCACAGCAUUAUGUAGGCAGAACCAGGCAGAGCGUAGAGCACCUUCUAAGAAACGUGAAGCCAACCAAAGCAAUCUUAACAAACAGAAAAGCUCAAUAGCCAAGCCUGUAGAGAAAGCCACCUAUGGGCUUGCUAGAGUGGGAUCCAGGGCAGCAUUAAGUUUUGCCUUUGCUUUUCUACGACGUGCUUGGAGAUCAGGGGAGGAUGCUGAUUUGUGUGGUGAGCUCUUACAGGAGUCUCUUGAUGCCCUACGGUCAUUACCUGAAGCUUCACUUUUUGAAGAAGGAUCAGUUUCCUCUGUUUGGCAAGAAGUUGUAGAGCGUGCUACCAAGUUUCUACACUUUAUAGUUGCAGGAGACUUAAAUGGUGGAACUGUCAGCGGACAUGGGGCCUCAUCCAAAAUUCCAGUCCAAGACCAGCAGGUUGCUCUUUGCCUCAUUCUGGAGCUGGCAGUACAAAGAGGUGCCCUAAGUAGUGUCUUGCAGGCAGUUCUACUUCUGCUAAACCUCUGGAACAACAGUCACCAUGACUAUGACAAUAGGGUCAGCAGCAGCUUGGUGUCAGCUCCACUCAUUCCACUUCUCAAGAGAUUUGAAGCUAUCCACAAUGCCAAGACCAAGGUCUCACACUUAGCUAGAUAUGAUGAGAACACUGUCAGUCCCACUGAAUGUUUCCUACAACAUCUGACUUACCCCCCUGAGGAGGAAACUGCCAUAGACCUCAGGCAAAGUGCUGUAGUCAUCAUGUCACAUCUAGAUAGACUUGCAGCUCCUUACUUACCAGUUAGCUCUACUCACAAGUCUCAUUGCCAUCAUAGUGUCACACAAGAAAUCAUUGGCCUAGGUCUGUUGUCUUGGUCCAGUAGCACCAGCUCCAACUCAUACCAUGUGCUGGAAGUCUUCAAUGACCUUGGUGGGGUUCAACAGAUUGUCUGUGCUGAGAAACAUUUGCUGGCUCUGACCAGGACAGGCCGAGUCUACACAAUGUAUUAUAGUUCAGACACACAGUCUCCUCAGCCAGUGACAGGAUUUGGUGAAAAGGAAAUCAUCAAACUUGCUGCUCAUGCAGAUGGGAAACAUUUCCUGGCACUGACCAGUGAUGGUGAUGUUUACUCUUGGGGAAAUGGUGAUGGUGGACGCUUGGGCCAUGGAGAUAAUAUCACAAGAGGAGAGCCUACUCUAAUCACAGCACUAUCUGGCAAGCACAUUGUCCAGAUUUGUGCUGGCAGUACGUACAGCGCUGCAAUAUCAUCCAGUGGGGAGCUCUACACCUGGGGGCGUGGCAACUAUGGUAGAUUAGGGCAUGGCUCGAGUGAAGACCAGUGCUAUCCCAACUUAGUGGCAGCUUUGAAAGGCCACAGAGUCAUAGAUGUGGCCUGCGGCAGUGGUGAUGCCCAGACACUUGCUGUCACAGAUACAGGUACAGUCUAUUCCUGGGGUGACGGGGACUAUGGAAAACUAGGUCGAGGAGGAAGUGAUGGCUGCAAAACACCUAAAGUGAUAGAGAAACUUAUGGGCCAGGAUGUUGUCAAAGUUUACUGUGGUGCUCAAUUCAGCCUGGCUCUCACAAAGUCUGGGACUAUUUUCUCAUGGGGAAAGGGGGAUAACUUUCGUCUGGGUCAUGGCUGUGAAGAGCAUAUGCGUCAUCCCAAGCAGAUGGAAAGCUUGAGUGGCAAGCGUGUCCGCAGCCUGGCCAUUGGCUCCAUGCACUGUGUGGCAGUUACUGAGGAAGGGGAGGUGUAUUGCUGGGGCCGUAAUGAGCAAGGUCAGCUUGGAGAUGAGAGCCAUGCUAAUGUCACUGAGCCAAUUCUUGUCCCAGGGCUAGACGGAAAGCAUAUAGUUGGAGCUGCUUGUGGACCAGCUCAGAGUUUCUUCUGGUCAUCUAGUGAUCACUGGACAGUUGGUUCCAGAAUACCCUUUAUUGUGGACCUCAACAAGAGCACUUUCGAGCAGCUGGAUGACCUGCUGAAAGAGGUCUGUGAUGGAAUGGAUGGCCGUAGUGACUGGCCGCCUCCCCAGGACAGAGAGUGUAUUGCUGUAGCUGGUCUGAAUCUUCUGAAUCUUCAACUUCAUGCAGCCAUAUGUCAAACAGAAGACAUAGAACACUUGGGUUUGAAACAGGGGACAGCACUGGUGGAGAGCUUGAAGCAAAGAGUUGUUGUCCUGGCCAGCAACAAUGGAGUUAUCAGCACAGUGCAAAAAGCAGCCCAGACUGCCUUACAAAGUGGUUGGUCCAUUCUCCUUCCCACACCCGAGGAAAGGGCCAGAGCACUCUCAUCACUACUUGCAUCUGGUGGUCGUGACAUGACUGUAAUGUCUACUGGCCAAAGGUUCAUGACGGAUCUGCUGGUCAGCUCCCUCAUGUCUGAUGGCGGCCUUGAGACUGCACUGAACUUGGCAAUCAAAGCAGAAGUGAAAGGAAUGGAUGAUGCUAAGGAAAAAGAAAGUGAUCAGAAAUCUAAAGAUGAUGUUGAUCAAGAUAAAAUUGGGGAGUCAGCUAGUGACAUCAAGAGUGAGGUCCCUCUGUUGGAUGUCAGGCUGGGGGAUAGUACAGAUGAUAAGGAGCCUACUAUUCCACUGCUUCAACUUAUACAUCAGUUGUUCAGGAACUCAUCCACACAUACACUGACCAAACUUCAGGAGGAGGCUAAGUGUGGUGGCAUCAAAAGCCCAGAAACAGAAUCUCCAGAAAACUCUCCAUCCCUAGACCUUCUCUUGCAGUUCCAGAGACUCCUGAUUGCCAGGAUUUUUCACUGCAAACAAGCUGAAGUCCAUUCCCCGACUUUGUUGGUAGGAGACAGCAAACAGAUGAGCGGAGGAAAGGAAGGGAUUACUGGUGAAAUUGGUUAUGAAAUGUUGGGAUCUGCUUCUCUACUAAGGAAGUACUGCAGUCUGCUAGUGGGCCAUGUAGGCAACAUUUUGCCAACUGCCACCAGUGUGGGUGAGAUGAGUGCCAGAAGCUUUGCCAAUGUGACAGCCAUCAUUAACAGAGAUGUUACAGGCGUUCUACUUCCUGAGAUUGUUACAUGCCUGGUACUGCUGCAGGUCAGGUGUCCACAGGUCAUGCAGGUAUCCCGGGCCAGUCAGAUUCUUUCACAGCUUCUGGAUGACCUGGAUUACUUUAACCAUUUGGCACCUGGUACUGACAAAGAAGACACUGAAGAUUUGGCCUGGCCAGGAGUCUGGAGUUAUUGCUUAGAGAAGUACAGCAGUCAGGCAACUGAAGAUAUCCAGAUGAUUCGUAAGGCAGACCUAGAAAAUCACAAUAAAGAUGGUGGACAUUGGAUAGUAAUCCAUGGCAAAGUGUAUAAUGUCCAGUCUUUUAAGUCCCAGGCUCCUUGUGGCACAGAAACAUUACAAGACUGGACAGGUAGAGAUGCUUCUCUUGCUUUUGAAGCUGCACACCAUUCAGAUGAAGCUAGAGAGAUGAUGAGUUGCUAUUAUGUGGGACAGUAUAUUGAUCCUGAAAAAGAUAUUGUUCAAAGUCCUGGGAGUGGCUCCAUGUCAUCACCACUCAUUGACACAGAGAGAACUCUGGCUGUUUUGUUGGGAUUAAAUGCUGCUGAGCAGGUAAGAAGUACACCUUUGUCCCAGGAUGAGCUAGAGAGUAAACAGUGGCUCCAGGCGGAAUUCUUUAGUGGAGGUUUACAGUUAUUGAACCAAGGUGUCUUUGAUGAGGAGAAAGGGGAGAGCAGGAGUGCCAGCAGCUGUAAUACUCCUGGUGUUACACCAACAACAGAACACUGUAAUGUACCUCAGCAUGCUGUGGAUAAAGAAAGGCGUUUCCAAGCUGAACAAGCUUACACUGACACUGCUAGACCUUUCCUGCAUGCCUUAGCUGAAUCUAGAAUUCAAGAUCCCACUGUCAAGAUGUUCUUGACUCUAGUUGACAAGUAUUGCCGGACACACCACUUGUUGUUUCCAUUUGAUUUCCCAUCAGACCAUCCUGUUGAGGAAGUUGGAAGACUGUUAAUGGCUGUCCUCCUGAAGCACUGUGAUCUUAGUUAUGUUGUCCUGAGCUUGGUGGAACAUGGGCAGGGGGAGCAUGGAGUAAAGCAGACACUGCCUAAAUCCAUUGCUGAGCUGUGCAGAGUGGUUUGCCAGACCAAGAGAUCUCUCAUCAAAGCCCAUCAAGACCAAGGUAGAUCUUAUAAAGAAGUCUGUGCACCUGUAAUUGAGCGCUGUCUCUUUCUCUUCACUGAGCUACGCCCAGCAGCUGGAGAUGAAAUGAACAUGAUUACCCGAUCCAAGCUGCUCGAGUCUGUCCCCAGGUGGAGAGAAGUAACUUUUAGGAUGGUGGAAGACAAGAAAAGAUUAAAAAACAAGUCAGUUUCUCAAGACAAUGAUGAGGAUGAUGACAAGGACACAGAAGAUGCAGAUUCCUUGCUGAAUGAGGCUGUUGGUGGAGAUGGUGAGGCCAAGAACAGUGCUGAGAAGGAAGUUCUGUCUGAAGGGAAGGAGCUGAAAGAAAAUGACGAAGGGGAUGAAAAUAAUGAGAAAGAAAGCUGCACCUUGACACAUCUCUUGGACACCCAGGGAGCUGGAGAAAUACUGGCUUUGGAGGACAUUCAGAUUUUAGAGAAAGACCAAGACAGGAACAUACACAAAGAAGAUUUAGAAAAUGAAAGGAAGUUGGAAGCAAUGGAGAAAAAAACAGGCUCUGUUGCUGAGAAACAAAAUGAUCUUUGGGAGCAAGUGGUAAAAGUUGUGACUAACUCACAGAAAAUGAGGUGGCUGCGUCAGAGACUGACUGGCAGUAAGGCGGAGAUGAGCCUGGUGAAUAGAAUAGUGGACUUUGUCCUGUAUGAGCACUCAGUGGAUAUUGAUAAACUCAGACGAUCACUGCAUCACCAGGUAUCCAGAGCAGAAGUUAGACUACAAGGUAUUCAGAACAUACUCACCUUAGUGCAUAAAGACCAUCUGAUACCAUCAGUCAAAUACAGUAUACUAUGUGGAUGGCAGGGACUUAUUACAGUUGGCUCCAAGUACCAUUCCCCAUUACCUCAUUGUUUGACCGACAUCAAGCUCAUACCCCCUUGUGACCGGAUACUGUUGGAAAUGACCUUUGCUGAGCUGUACAGAUGGGCCAUCCAGGAACUCAGACAAUGUGUCUUGCAGGCAGACCUGAUGUUUAAACUAAGGAACAUUAACCCAGCUCUACCAAUUGGGGCGGGAUCCAAGGAACGUCUAAGUCUAGGAGCACUACCCUGUUCUAGGUUUAUACUGGCUUUGCUCAGUCUCUUGGUUACAGAACAUUACUCUAACAGUCUCAGUCUGCUGUUGAACUCCGGAGUUCUUGCCCUUACUCAGAGCAUAUUGAGGCUAUCUGGUCCAGAUCCUCACAUUCCAGUCACAGACAACUGUAAUGCUAUAUUCACCAUACCUGAAGAACAAUUCAACAAAAAGACAAAUCAGUCUAUGCCCAUGGCUGGCCCUGAACUGGCUGCUAUGAUGAAAGUUGGCACAAGGGUCAUGAGAGGAGUGGACUGGAAGUGGGGAGAUCAGGAUGGACCACCUCCUAGCCUAGGUCAUGUGAUUGGUGAACUGGGUGAAGACGGCUGGAUUCGUGUCCAGUGGGACACUGGCAGCACCAACAGUUACAGGAUGGGGAAAGAGGGGAAGUAUGACCUGAAGUUGGCCCAGAUGCCUGAGGUGAUGGACAAUGAAGAAGAGGAGGAGGAAGAGGAAACACAGAGUGAAAAGAGUCACCCAGAGAGCAAACAUCCAACAAGCCUGAUCAGAAAGUCUACCACUGGUUUUCUUAAAACACUAGCCUUGUGUGCUGGCAUUCAUGCUGAACAUGCCCAGCCUGAAGCCAUAGCUUCCCUGUGUGGACUCAUGCUCAGCAUUGUGGAUGCAGGCUGUAACUAUGGACCAAACACCAAUUCUCCAAUUGCCCAUAUAGCUAGUCAACAGCAUUUCAAAUGGUGCACUCUAGGAUUCGUCCGCAGCAUUGCAACUAGUCCAGUCAUGUGUCAAGCUCUCAGCUCACCCAGGUGGAUUUCUAUCCUGUUGAGGAUUCUAGAGGAAGAUCACAGUUCAAAGUACUCUAAAAACAUCUACAGACAGAUUUUGAUACUAAAGUUGCUAAGAACAGUGCUACCUUCCUGGGACCAUUUUAUGGAUGGAUCUCGAGUGGUGGAGUUAAUUAACAGACUGUUCUCACUAUUGGGCAAUGUCCUUAUGGGCUGUGCUACUGAUAUGACUUUGACCUCAAGUGGUGAUACUGAUGACAAAAAGCAUAGCACACCAGUCUCAAUGACUGCUACCUACACCAGCACAGUGGCUGAGGAGAUAGUGGCUCUGAUUCGCAGGCUGCACACCUUGCCCUUGUGGUGCUCUGCUGUGAACAAAUUUAUAUCUGACCAGCUACCCAAUAUUGUGGCCCUCUUAUCUGAGAGGAGAACUCAUCAUAUUGAGGCUGAAGAUGAAAAUAGCAGAACUGCCCUGAUGGUUGCUGCUCUUGCUGUGAUUGGGGGAGUGGAUUCCAGAUUAAGGCUGGGAAGUUGUGUCAGGCAUGAAGAGUAUGGCCUGGGCACCAUCUCAAAAAUCACAAGUAAAGGGAAACUCCUUGUACAGUUCAAUUCUGGCAAGUCAUCUAUAUGUCGACUCAGUGAACUAACAGGGAUUCCACUAGUAGAUUUUCAUGUGGAAAGAAUGCCAAUGAAUGAGGAGACACUAUCCAACUGGUCAAUACUUUGUAGCCUGGCCUGUGCUGCAGUCAGAACAGACAGAGACAAGGAUUCAUCCCCAAGGGCCCCUCUGGCCACCAGUACUGGUAGCAUUGAUUCUCUAGGUAAUCACCUGACAUUCAAAGAGCUCCGUAAGCAGUACAUCCGCUUGUGCCUUCUUCGAGCCAUGGCCAAAAUGUUUAGCCAUCAGGAUGUACUGAGACAGAUCCUCUCGCAAACAAUCCCAGUGGACAUUGGCUUCAUGGACAUCUCUCCUCCUGCAGAGGAGGAGGGCGCAGGGGAUGGUCCUGUCAGGAUCACUCUUUUACAGCAGCUGUUGAUGACAGCCACACAGCCCUCACCUCUCAAAGCUGUCUUUUCUGUGGAGGAGAUGGAGGCAGCAUCUCUGGCAGCCUGUCAGCAUUUGAUUGCAGAACUAGGGCAACACCCUUCAGACUUGGAGGCAGAGGACAGUAGUGAUGAGGAGGACAUUGACUGUGGCAGCAUGGCUUCUGUUGGGGGCACUCUGGGGGUUGGUGUUGGAGGAGCCUUGAUUGGGGCCUCCUACAACCCUCCACCACCAUCAUCCAUUGUUGCUAGAUUGCAAAAGAAAAGGCUGAAGCCAUCACAACCACUUCCUACCCCCAUUGUUGUACAGCUGGUGGAGAUGGGGUUUUCAAGGAAAAAAGUGGAACUUGCUGUGAAGACAUUAGCUGGAGGUUUGAUACCUGAGCCACCAACCAUUGAGGCCUUGGUCAGCUGGCUGCUGGAACAUCCAGGAUCUGGGAAUGAGGACUCUGAUACUGAUGUUGCCUCAUCAGAAGAUGGCUACACUGAUAGUGACUCUGUAUCUGAAGGCUCUGAUGAUUAUGAAGCUUUUGAUGUGAGUCAUAUUAAAGAAUUUCAAACUCCUGCUCCUGAAUCUGUUGGGAUUCCUUGUGGUGUGGAGUUUAAGAAAAGGAGUGCUUUCCUCAAUACAGAUGAUUAUGCCAUCUAUGUCAGACAGAAAAUUCAAAUUGGUAUGAUGGUCCGUUGUUGUAGGACUUAUGAAGAAGUGCAUCAAGGAGACAUUGGCAAAGUGACAAAAUUGGAUCAAGAUGGGCUUCAUGAGCUCAACAUUCAAGCCUACUGGCAGAGAAAGGGAGGCACUUACUGGGUCAGAUACAUCCAUGUGGAGAUCUUAGGCUUCAUCAACACUACUAUUGAUAAUGGCCAAGCUAUAAAGGUGGGAGACAAAGUCAGGGUUAAAGCAUCUGUCACAAAACCAACCUACAAGUGGGGCUCUGUGACACACUCAAGUGUUGGAACUGUCACAGCUAUCAUUCCCAAUGGACGAGACAUCACAGUAGACUUUCCACAACAGUUACAUUGGACAGGUGUUAUCUCUGAGAUGGAACUUGUUCCCAGUGUUCAUCCACAAAUCUCAUGUUCCAACUGUUUCAUGAACCCCUUGAGUGGACCCAGAUACCACUGUCAGUCAUGUGAAAGCUUUGACCUCUGUGAUAACUGUUUCAAAAUCUGUCGUACACACAAACAUCCUUUUAACAGAAUACAGGAACCAGGAAGUGAUCCUUGUUUUGCUGGGAAGCCGGGACGCCACAACCGAGUGACUCCUUCCCAGCCUCCAAAAGGAUCCACAAUCAAUAACUGGCAUGCAUGUGUGAAGAGUGUGACAGUUUCCUCACGAGAAGACCAGGCUCACAGCUUGUAUGAUGGUCAAGGACAUUACUGGCAGAGUCAUGGCACUCAGGGAAAGCAUUGGAUACGCUUGGAGAUAGAACCAGAGAUGGUCAUUAGCAGAUUGAUGAUGAAAAUUGACCCAGCAGAUUCCAGUUAUGUGCCAUCUCUGAUUGUAGUCAGUGGUGGUGACUCAGUUGUCAGUUUGAAGGAGCUGAAAACAGUACACAUUGCUACAGAUGAGUCCCUGGUAACACUUCUUUCUGACAUGACUGAGCAUUAUCGUGUCAUUGAGAUUGGCAUCAGGCAGUGUCGCAGCAGUGGCAUUGACUGCAAGAUUCAUGGCUUGUCCAUCUCUGCCCGGCACAAGACUGAUGAUGAUGACAUUCCAACCACAUUUUCCAUCCUGGCACAAGAUAAGGAUGAAGAAGAUGAGGAGCAACAGAAAACAGGGACAGGGAGCUCUACAGCAUCAAGGAACAAAAAAGGGAAAUCCUCAUCCAAAGAUAUACAGACCUACGUUUUUGUGUGGGGUCUGAAUGACAAAGAUCAGCUUGGUGGGCCUAAAGGAUCUAAAAUUAAGAUGCCAAUGCUGAAUGAUGCGCUAUCUGCACUGAAUUGUAUACAGAUAGCUGGUGGAUCUAAAAGUUUAUUCUGUGUUACUCAAGAUGGCAAAGUGUAUGCCUGUGGAGAAGGCACCAAUGGCAGGCUUGGUUUGGGAACAGUGACUGGGAAUGUGUCAGUCCCACGUCAGCUGACCUCUCUGGGGCCAUAUGUUAUUAAGAAAGUGGCGGUUCAUUCAGGUGGCCGUCAUGCCCUAGCACUCAGCAUAGAUGGCAAAGUUUUUGCUUGGGGAGAAGGUGAUGAUGGUAAACUUGGCCUGUCCAGUAGAAUGAACUGUGAUACACCCAGAUUGAUUGAAGCUCUCAAAUCCAAGAGAGUUAGAGACAUUGCCUGCGGCAGCUCCCACAGUGCUGCCAUUAUCUCCAACGGUGACCUGUACACAUGGGGACUUGGUGACUAUGGCCGUUUGGGACAUGGGGAUAACACAACACAGCUGAAACCAAAGCAGGUAAUGGCACUUGCUGGCCAAAGGGUGGUCCAGGUGGCCUGUGGAAGUCGAGAUGCCCAGACAUUAGCCCUGACAGAUGAUGGUGUGGUUUACUCUUGGGGUGAUGGAGACUUUGGUAAACUGGGCCGUGGAGGAAGUGAGGGCUGCAACAUACCUCAUCCAGUUGAAAGGCUGACUGGACAAGGUGUGAUUCAGAUAGAGUGUGGUGCCCAGUUCUCACUGGCUUUGACUAAACUUGGUCAGGUUUGGACAUGGGGUAAAGGGGAUUAUUUCCGCCUUGGCCAUGGCACUGAUGCUCAUGUUCGUAAGCCACAGCUAGUUGAGGGACUGAAGGGUAAGAAGAUUGUCCAUGUUUCUGUUGGGGCACUUCACUGUCUGGCUGUCACAGACACUGGCCAGGUCUGGGCUUGGGGUGACAAUGACCAUGGUCAGCAGGGUAAUGGAACUACCAUAGUGAACAGAAAGGCUGCCUUAGUCCUGGGUACUGAGGGCUACAAGAUAUCAAGAGUGGCCUGUGGAUCUUCGCACAGUAUAGCCUGGGCUGUCACUGGGUACUCCAUUCCUACCUCUCAUGAGCCAGUACUCUUUUCUGCAUCUAAAGAUCCACUAGGAGCCACUGUUUUGGGCUUACAAGAUGAGAAAGAAGAACAAUUCAACAUUCCCCUGAAAGAUGCAAACAACAGAGACAAAACUAACAGACCAUCAUUAUCUAAAAUCAUCUUGUACAUGGACUCUACCUUAGAAAAGCAGAGGGCACUCAACCAUGUCCUCAAUGAUCUGCAAAUCAAAUAUGCCAGGGAGGCUAUUGUUAAGGCUCUUAGUAAAGAGACCAUCCCAGUGAAUGGGCCAGGUGGAGACAGCAGUCAGAAUUUGAUCCAGUCUGUGUCCUACUCACAGAGCUCACUCCCAGAUGGUGGCAUUAUCAGUCACACCACAGCAGCAGAACAAGGAGCAGGGGACAUGGUGGUGUCUACUAUCAUGGAGUCAAUAGAAGGGAAUGAACAGAAUGACUUACCAUUCCCAAGCAUGCAGAGUUUGGCUGCCAAAGUGUCCCCAGGAACCUCCCUCUUGGUAGAGACCUGUCAGUCAGCUGAGGAGGUCACCAAGGUUGUGGGGGUGGGUCAGAGCUGUGACUACCCACCGGGGCUGGAUGAGUUCACUCAUAAGCUAACUGUGGAAGAUGCCAGAAUAUUGGUGGACCUUCUGAAGCUGUCAGUAGCUAGAAGGAUGAAUGGAGCCAAGAAAACAUUGUCUGUUGUUCUCACUGCUCUGGGGAAGGCUUCUUCUCAGGUGACAGAAAUGCUGCUGGAGUUGUGUGUCACUGAGUUAGAAGAUGUGGCCACUGAUAGUGAGACUGGUCGCUCAUCUGCCAAGCCUGUGGUUCAGGAGAGUGCUCACCCAUACACAGAUGAUUCCAGUCACACAGGAGUUGUGAAAAUUCCAGGUGCUGAAGCUUUAAGAGUUGAAUUUGAUAGACAUUGUUCAACUGAAAGAAGACAUGACCCUUUAACCAUUAUGGAUGCCACAGGGAGAACAGUUGCUGUCAGAUCAGGAAGAGAAUGGUCUGACUGGUUCCAAGAGUUAAGGAUCCCAGGAGAUGAGCUAAAGUGGAAGUUCACCAGUGAUGGUUCCGUCAAUGGAUGGGGAUGGUAUUUCACAGUAUAUCCCAUCAUGCCUGCAGCCGCUCCACUUGACACACUCUCUGAUCGCACCAUAUUGUCUCGGCCCUCUAUCGACUUGGUGACCUGCCUUCUGGACUUUAAACUUGAGGUUUCAUUAGAUAGAAACAUCAUCCCAAGAUUGGCAGCUGCCUUGGCAGCGUGUGCCCAGCUCAGCUCUUUAGGAGCCAACCAACGGAUGUGGGCUUUGCAUAAGCUUCGUAAACUAAUGGCUGCAAACUUUGGAAGUCUGAUCAACAUCAAUGCUUUACUCUCUAGCCCUACCACUGACAGUCCUGAAGAAGUUCCACGUCCAUAUCCUCUGUCCAUGAGCAGCUCUGCUCUAGCCUCACUAGUCAAAGGUCUACCAGAAGCAUUACAGAGACAAUAUGAGUAUGAGGAUUCCAUUGUGCGUAGUGGCAAACAUCUCAUGCACAGUCCAUUCUUCAAAGUGUUGGUAGCUCUAGCCUGUGAUCUAGGACUGGACACAAUGCAGUGCUGCUCUGAAGCCCACAAGUGGUCCUGGUUCCGGCGCUACUGCAAUGCAGCCAGGGUGGCCUCUGCCAUGGUGAAGAGGACAGCCCUCCCAAGUCAGUUCACUGAGGAGGUGAUGAAGAAGAUUCAGGACAUAGCCAAUGACAGCUCCAGCACAAGUCACCAGCAUGAAGUGCAUGAAGUUUUUGGGCAGGAUCAGGAUGAGCAACUUCUGCAGUGGAUGAACAGGAAGCCAGAUGACUGGACCUUGUCUUGGGGUGGCAGUGGUCAGAUUUGGGUCUGGGGUCAUAAUCAUAGAGGUCAGUUAGGUGGUGUGGAAGGAGCCAAGGUUAAGCUUCCUUUAAGUUGUGAUGCCCUGGCCUCCCUGAGACCUGUGCAGCUGAUAGGAGGAGAACAAACUUUAUUUGCUGUCACUGCUGAUGGAAAGGUCUAUGGUACUGGUUAUGGUGCAGGUGGGCGGUUGGGAGUUGGUGGCACAGACUCUGUGGCCACACCAACCCUUCUGGAAUCUAUUCAGCAUGUGUUUAUCAAAAAGUUGGCAGUCAAUUCUGGAGGAAAGCACUGUCUGGCAUUGUCUGCUGAAGGUGAAGUCUAUUCCUGGGGUGAGGGUGAAGAUGGCAAGCUGGGUCAUGGAAAUAGAAGUCCAUGUGAUAGGCCAAGAGUUAUUGAAUCUUUAAGAGGAAAAGAGGUUGCAGACAUUGCCGCUGGGGGAGCACACUCAGCCUGUAUUACAAGUAGCGGAGAAUUGUACACUUGGGGUAAAGGCCGCUAUGGCCGGUUAGGUCAUGGAGACUCCGAAGAUCAGUCAAGGCCAAAGCUGCUUGAAGCAUUGAAAGACUACAGGGUGACUGAUGUGGCUUGUGGCAGUGGUGAUGCCCAGACAUUGUGUAUCACUGAUGAUGACAGUGUAUGGUCUUGGGGAGAUGGAGAUUAUGGCAAGCUGGGUCGUGGUGGAAGUGAUGGCUGUAAAGUCCCUAUGAAGGUGGAAGCAUUGCAAGGUCUAGGAGUCAUGAAAGUUGAGUGUGGGUCUCAGUUCUCUGUGGCACUGACCAGAUCUGGAGCUGUAUACACUUGGGGUAAGGGUGAUUAUCACAGACUUGGGCAUGGAACAGAUGAUCAUGUGCGAAGGCCAAGAAGAGUUACUGCCCUCCAAGGCAAGAAAGUAGUUGAUGUUGCCUGUGGUUCCCUGCACUGUGUGGUGUGCACAGAGACAGGUGAUGUCUUCACAUGGGGUGACAAUGAUGAGGGUCAGCUUGGGGAUGGAACAACCAAUGCUAUCCAGAGACCUAGACUUGUGGCUGCUUUACAAGGUAAAAAGAUCAACAGAGUGGCCUGUGGGUCUGCACACAGUCUGGCCUGGUCAACACACAAACCAGUUAGUGCUGGCCGACUUCCCACAGCUAUCCCAAUGGAGUAUAACCACCUGCAGAAUAUUGAAAUGUUUGUUUUGAGAAAUCGUUUGGUUUUACUUCAUCAUUUCUCUGAACUGUUCUGCCCUUGUAUCCCUAUGGUACACCUACAGGAGAGUAACCAAUCCACUGGGAAAGAAGAUUUCUCCACAGGACUAGAUGCUCUUAGGGGAAUUCUAGUCUCUUCAGCAAAAGAAGCAGCAUUCCGAAAAGUUGUCCAGGCUACAAUGGUGAGAGAUAAACAGCAUGGACCUGUUAUAGAGUUAAACAGAAUACAGGUGAAACGGUCCAGGGUGAAAGGUGGUCUUGCAGGACCUGAUGGGCUCAAGUCAGUCUUUGGUCAGAUGUCCCAGCGUAUGUCACUACUGACAAAUGAAAGUUUAAUGUUACCACACAGAGUUUGGAAAGUCAAAUUUGUGGGUGAAGGUGUUGAUGAUUGUGGAGGGGGCUACAGUGAAUCUAUUGUUGAGAUGUGUGAGGAACUACAGAAUGGUUCUGUCCCACUCCUGAUAGUAACACCUAAUGGUAGGGAUGAGUCUGGUGCCAACAGAGAUUGCUAUUUGCUGAAUCCAUCGCUCCACCAACCAGUCUAUCAGAAAAUGUUCAAAUUUUUAGGAAUCCUCAUUGGUAUAGCCAUAAGAAGUGGCAGCCCACUGAGUCUAAAUAUUGCUGAAGCAACUUGGAAACAGCUGGCUGGAAUGUCUCUAAGUAUUUCUGAUCUUUCAGAGAUUGAUAAAGACUUCAUACCUGGCCUGAUGUGUAUAAAAGAAAUGGAGGAUGAUGCUCUGCGUAGUGCAGAGAUGCCUUUCAGUAUUCCCAGUGCCACUGGUCAGGAGGUUCACCUGAGCCACAAGUACUCUAGGAUCACACCUGAGAACAGGGCUGAAUAUGUUAAGCUGGCCAUGGAACACAGACUGCAUGAGUUUGAUGAGCAGGUGAGGUUGGUGAGAGAAGGUAUGGCCCAAGUCAUCCCUGUGCCUUUACUCUCACUGUUUACUGGCUAUGAACUGGAGACUAUGGCUUGUGGUAGUCAGGACAUUCCACUCAGUCUUCUGAAGUCUGUGGCCACCUACAAAGGAAUCGAACCCAAUGCUCCUCUCAUACAGUGGUUCUGGGAAGUGAUGGAUGAGUUCACCAAUGCAGAGCGUUCCCUAUUUCUUCGUUUUGUCUGGGGCCGCACUCGGCUGCCUAGAACCAUUGCUGACUUUAGAGGCAGAGAUUUUGUUCUUCAGGUAUUGGAUAAAUACAACCCCCCUGACAACUUUCUACCUGAGAGCUACACCUGUUUCUUCCUGCUGAAAAUGCCUAGGUACUCCUGCCAGGCUGUGCUCAGAGAGAAGCUCAAGUAUGCCGUCCACUUCUGCAAGUCCAUUGACACUGAUGAUUAUGCCAGGGUAGCCCUGACUGGGGAUGCUCUGGACGAGGACACCCCAGAGGCCAGUGAAGUCCAUCAGAUGGACAGCAUGGAAAGUGAAGGGGAAAUAAUCGAUUCUGAUGCCAGCUGAAGAAACCUUUAGCCUGCUUGCAAUACAUUUAUAUUAACGAAACAAAACAUUGAGUAAAUGUUUUUUUAAUCCCCCUCUUCAAGUUCAUUUUGUCAAGGUUUUUGUGUACUAGUAAAAAGACUGAUUUAUUAUUGACCUCUAAUUCUUAGCAAGACAACAAAACAGCUGAUGGAUUUUGAAUAAAUAUUUAAUGAGCACCACAUUUACUGAAACUUGACAGUUAUGUUUUUGUCAUUUACUACUGAUGUCAGUAACACCUAAUUAUUAUAAUCUUCCUAGGGCAUUGACAUCAUCUAAUAAGUAACACUUCAUAUCUUUCUCAUAUGUCUGUGUCAUAUUUUAUAUGAUCAUAGACACAAUCCAAGCCACAUUUUUACUUAAAGUAAAUUUUGUGACAAUAUUUUGUUUUUAAUUCUUUUCCUCUCAACAAGCCAUUAGUUAUGUUUAUGAUUGGACUGUUUCCUAACACUGCAGUUGUGUGUGUAUAUAUCUGUGCCAAAUGUAAAUUAUUUCUUUAUUUCAUAGUUUGAAUGAGUUGCUGCUGUUUGUUGUUAGUAGAACACCUGGUGAAAAUCUAUAUAGAAAGCAACUAUUGGAUGUUUGGUUUGGACAUUACAUCAGUGUUGGAUAUUACACUAAUCAUACUUAAACUUCAUAGUGUUGUUUUAUUAUGUAUAUAAAAUGACUUAAUGAUCUCUUUCCUUUGUAUUGACUUCGUUUUUGUUUACAAGUGUUUUUACAUUUGUUAUCACCCGUAAUGAAAUCUCAGUUGCAUUCAUUGUUGUUUUGUUUUUUUUAUAUAAAAAAGCAGACAAAAAUAUAUUUCAUUUAUGACAAUUUAAAUAAAUGCCUUUUGAAAUUGAAAAAAAAAUUAAGUUUUAAUUACAUAAUUUCAUUUUUGUCAUGUGUAUAUUUUGAAGGAGGAUUUUGUCACAAAAAAUGUCCAUGUCAUGACAGACUUAAAUAUUGUUGUAUGGAUGACAGUAUUUGACAGUGUACAAAUCACAUGUUUGGAAGUAUUUCAUCUGUGAUGACCUCCCCCUCUCUUUACUAGAUUACUUCUCCCCUUUCUCCCUCUCCAGCUGACAGCAGGACUUAAUUGUUUUGUGUUGUUUUUUUUUAGGUGUAGAUUGACUUGAGUCACACUUGACUUGUUAGAGCAUUUUUAUCUGAAGACAAUUUUGUGACAUGUCUAAUAAUUUAUAUUAGUUGUAUGAGGUCAUACUCAUAGUGUUUUUAAGUUUGAGGAGUUGAAAGAGUGAGUAUGUUUUGUGUAACCUCUAUUGAGACAUAUUAUUCUUGUAGAGGAUAACAUUUGAAAUAUCUCUCUUGCCAAAUCUUCUGUCAGAAAAUGUUUAUCUUAUGAAAUUUGUCAAAAGGCUGUUUUUUUUUAAUUAGGAGAAUGUUAUGACAACAAUGUUUGUCAAACUAAAUAGCUCCAAUUAUAUAUAUCUUUCUUGCAAUACUGUCUUGAUUUCUUUACACCAGCAUAAGGGGUGAGUUAUUAAAUCUCACUUUGUUCAUUGUGGCUCAACAUGUGACUAUUUCUGGAUAGCAAUAUAAGAGCUCAAUAUCUGAUAGGAACUUGUAACUAAAUUGUAUGUUGUCAUUUAGGUAUAUAGAUGAGUGGGGUAGGGCAAAUGUAACAAAUUAUCAAACAUAACUGUCUCCCAUUGAUUUUAAUUUUUAAGUUCCUAUUAUUGAUGUUUUUUUUUUAUGUUUUGUAUUUUUCAAUGACUUAUUACUUUUAUUUACUGUUUAGUGACUUGAAAAGAACAUUUAAAAUUUGAUCACUUUUUUUUCCUUUAAACACAUUGUGAACAUAGUGCUUGGUGCACUUGUGCACAUUUCAAAUCUGAUUAUUGUUUGCCGUAGUUCAUCUGUGUUUGGACUGCUCAAUGGUGUUUAGUUUGUGCUGUAUGCUGAAUUCUAUUUAGGCUUUGAUUUGAUGCUUAGCAGCGGUGUUGAUUGAUGACCUUGGCUGUAUUUUGACCUACGAAGACUAACUAGUCUAUGACCAAGUAAAAAGUGCUUUUAGUUAAAGAUGGGUGACUUGCACACAUUUAUUGUAUACUGUAACAUGUACAAUAAUUGUGAAUUCUUAGAUUGCCAAUGUGAAAUAAAUUGAUCUUGAAACAAU